AUGGAGCAUGCAGUGCCGGGCCUUAUCAUAUGGGGCGCUGUCGAGGCGUCCGAGCCGGCACCGGCGCAACGAGCCGAGACACCCAACUGGGCCGGUCGGCGGACGCGCCUCAGUGACAUGCUAGACACCAUCAUCAAAAAUGGUCACAUUGUGACUGCCACUGAUGUUCUGCCUUUGGGACUAGAAAUUGGUAUCAAAGACGGCCGAGUAGCAUGUCUAGGCUACAGUCUAGACGCCGGUCCUGACACCGCCGUUGUUGAUGCUGAAGGAGCGUACAUCACUCCAGGAGGCGUUGAUUCCCACGUCCACAUACAACAAGACAACUCUCCCACCGGCGACACCUGGGAAUCAGGCUCGCGAUCAGCUCUUGCGGGAGGUAAUACUACCGUUAUAGCCUUCGCCUCACAAAAGCGCCAGGAAGACAGCAUCUACCCAGCAUUGGAAGCCUACCACAGGAAGGCGACCGGGAACUCCUACUGUGACUAUGGUUUUCACGUAAUCUUGACGAAUCCCACCGAAAAGGUAUUGGAAGAAGAACUACCCCAACUAGUCGAUAAGGAAGGAAUCUCAAGUGUCAAGCUGUAUAUGACGUACGACCCGAUGAAACUCGGCGAUGCAGACCUCUUCAACGUGAUGAUGAGAGCGCGCAGUCUUGGCAUCACCACCAUGAUCCACGCCGAGAACAGCGACAUGAUCGCCGCAAUUACCGCGCGGCUCGCAAAAGCGGGCAACACGGGGACCUUCUUCCACUCGGUGGCUAGGCCGCAGAUCGCCGAGACAGAGGCGACAUACCGUGCCAUCAGCCUGGCAGAGGUGACAGACACUCCGAUAUUGCUGGUGCACAUGUCCGCACCCAGAGCCGUCCAGCACGUUGCCGACGCACAGAGCCGUCUCCUCCCUAUACACGCCGAGACGUGCCCGCACUAUUUGUACCUCGUCAGUGAAAGGUUACGAUCCGGGCCGCAAGAUGUCGAAGGCUCGAAGAAUAUCUGCGCACCACCAUUACGGCAUGAUGCUGGCGAUCUAGAAGAAAUCUGGAGGAGCGUCGCCAAUGGCACGUUCACCACCAUCAGUUCAGACCAUGCACCUGCUACGUUCGACCACCCGAUCGGAAAGAAGGGUAAGGCAAUGGAUACAGCCUCUGUAGACGAGCAUGGUUGUGUUCACUCUGACUUCCGAUUCGUGCCGAACGGAUUGCCCGGGAUUGAGACAAGGUUGCCCCUGGUCUUCAACAGAACAUUUGACCCGACUGUUGGGUAUCUUUUCCAAGAUGACAAGAUUCGUAUAUCGCUGCCUCGAUUUGUGGAGUUGACUUCGACAAACCCUGCAAAGCUAUACGGCCUGGGGCAUUGCAAGGGAAGCCUGAUGCCUGGUUUCGAUGCAGACUUGGUAAUCUGGUAUCCGGAGGCAACACUGCCCGCAGAGGCUUCGACGGGAUCAUUAAAUGGUACCCAAGAGGGUGCCGGACCACACAAGGAGGGGAGGAAUAGGUUCAAGAUCACCAAUGAUCUGCUUCACCACAGGAUUGACUACACGCCGUUUGAGGGCAUCGAGGUCCGCAACUGGCCUCGUUGGGUGUUCCUAAGGGGCAAGCUCGUGUGGGAUAGGGAUGGAAACGGCAUGUUAGGAUGUGCAUCUGAUGCCCUUGCAUUCGUUCAUCCGGGUCUGCUGGUCACCACAUCCGACCUCGACCGGGCCACGUCCAAGAUCGACGCAGGCCUGGACCCCUGGCUCAGCAGCUGGGACCUUCUGACCAGCUCGGAUUACGCCCAAGCCACUUACACCAACAACGCCGUCGAAGCCAUCUACCGCGGCUCCGACGGUGAGCAUUCUGCCAACAAUGAGCUCCUAUGGCACGAUGCCGCAGCUGCCUUCAUGCUCGCCCUGCGCUGGAAAAUCAGCGGCAACGACUCUUACGCGGAUGCUGCGGCUUCUAUCCUGACCGCCUGGGGCGAGAAGCUCACGACGAUCGGUGGGGAUAUGGACGCAUACCUCUGCUCUGGCUUCCAGGGUCACGAGCUGGCAAACGCAGCGGAGCUCCUUCGAGACUAUCAGCCCUUCAAAGACGAUGGCUUCGACACCUUCACGAAUAUGAUGACCAGCGUGUUCUUGCCCAUGAACCUGGCGUUCCUCAACCACGAGCUCCCGGCCGAGCAUAUCUGGACCCAUUACUUUGCGAAUUGGGAGCUCGGUAACAUGGCCUCCGCUAUGGCCAUAGCUGUGCUGACCGAGAACUCGACUACCUGGGAUUUCGUUGUGGACUAUUUCAAGAAUGGAGGCGGCAACGGCUGCAUCAACCUCGCUGUUUCGAACCUGGUCGAGGAGCCCGGCACUGGAACCAUCCUGGGCCAGGGGCAAGAGUCUGGACGGGACCAAGGACACUCGGCACUUGACCAGCAGAUGUUAGGUGUCGUUGGUCAGCAGGCCUGGAACCAGGGAGAAGAUCUGUUCGCGUACAACAACAGCCGAAUUCUCCAAGGAGCCGAGUAUUUCGCCCGUUACAAUCUGGGCUAUGACGUCCCAUUUGUCAACUACACCAACUCCAUUGUCUUCUACGACCAGGUCAGCAACGCCUCGCGCGGCGCAACCCGCCCAACAUGGGAGCUGCUGUAUAGUCACUACGUUCAGGUCAAAGGCAUGGAUGCGCCGUGGACCGAAAAGUACCUCAACUACACCCUGACUGGCUACGGUGGCUUCGAACCCGGGGCUAGCACCUAUGGAGAGGGGUCUGGGCAUUACGAUGGCCUCGGAUGGGGCUCGCUGUUAUACCACAUGGACGAUUCCGAUGUUGCUGCGAACAUCAGAAAGACCAACAGCACGUCGAGUCCCGGAGCUGCUACGACCUCUUCUUCCAGCCUCCCGGUUUCGACAUCUACCAACGUUACUUCAAGUGUAGGGGAGAAGUCAACGCAGGCGCACAAGUGUCGUAGACGUCACGGGGCUAGGUAG